UCUGGACUGUCAAAAUUCGUAACCUCACUUCCCAUGAUUAUGAACUGCCUAGCUGCAAAAUGGUUUUCGGCAUAGGAAAUGCCAGUGGUUAAUUUGUAAUUGAUAGUGUGUGUCACAAAUCUAUUGAUACGGUCUAUAUUACAUGGUUUGAUGCAGAAGCACAAGGAAAAACCUAAUGUCAAAAGUAGCCCUGAACAGGGCCAUGCCUAUUUUCAGACAAAGAAAACGAAGAAAAAUAAACCUGCCACUCUGCGAAUGCUUCUUUGCUCAUCUCAGGCAAUCGUUUUCUUCUCAUUCUUCAUCUGACGCAGAAGACUACAGAGAUUCAGAUGCUCAUACUCCACAAAGCGAUAAUUAUAAUGAUGCACGAAAUGGCUUUACUAGUGAUGAAGAAGAGGAGGAUGAUAUUCCUCUCGCUAGAGGGAUAUUUGAAGGAGGCUCUGAAAUGGGUUCAUACAAGCAAGGGGAUGCCACUUAUCAUAUUCUUAUUGAAAGGCUCGUAUCUUCAGGUCAGUUUUCUGCAAUGAAAAAGGUCUUAAAUCGAAUGAGAAAAGAGGGUCGCGUUUUACAGGAAAAACUCUUUAUUUCCAUUAUCAAAUCUUAUGGAAAUGCUCACAUGCCCAACGAGGCCCUUUCCUUUUUCUAUGAGAUUCUUGAAAAAUAUGACUGCAAGCCCAGCGUUAGGUCUUUUAAUUCUGUGUUAAAUGUUCUUGUUCAAGAGAGGCUUUUUAAUGAGGCCCUUCAGUUUUACUCAGACAAGAAGGCAGCUGGAAUUAGACCUAAUGUUCUCACUUUUAAUAUUCUCUGCAAGGCUUUAUGCCAAUGUAAUCGUGUAGAUGGUGCUUAUCAAUUGUUUCAAGAAAUGCCCACUUGGCACUGUGAUCCUGAUGUGUUUACUUACACAACUCUUAUCAAUGGAUUUUGCAAACUGAAUAGGAUUGAGGAGGCUAUGUCACUGCUAGAUGAAAUGCAGGCCGAUGGGUGCUUUCCCAAUACUGUAACAUUUAAUGCUAUGAUUCACGGUCUCUGUAAAAGAGGUGACAUGAUUAGGGCCUUGAAGCUCAUGGACAAUAUGCUGCUCAAGGGCUGCACCCCAAAUGAGGUGACUUACAAUAGUCUCAUUGAUGGCUUCUGUAAGCAGGGGAAGUUGAAGAAAGCUUCUAAAGUCCUGCAUCAGAUGAUGGAAAAGAAGUGUAUUCCUAAUACGAUUACCUAUAGCACUCUGAUAAAUGGUCUUUGCAAGCUUGGCAAAUUGGAUGAUGCAGCAAAGAUAUUGUCGGGGAUGUUGGAAAGAGGUUGUCGUCCUAAUGUGUUUACGUACUCUACCCUGAUGAGUGGACUAUGCAAAGUGGGGAAGGUGCAGGAGGCAAUAAAGCUUUGGGAUGAAAUGAAAAACAGCAAUUGUGAAACCAAUGCGUUUGUUUACAGUGCUUUGAUUGAUGGUCUCUGUAAGGGAGGGGAUAUCAACAGAGCAAAAGAGCUUCUUUGGGAGAUGUCCGAAAAGGGGUUUAUCCCAAACGUUGUAACUUAUAGCUCCUUGAUUGAUGGCCUAUGCAAAGCAAGCAAUGUACAUGACGCAACUGUUGUCUGGAAUGAGAUGUUGGACAAGGGACAUGUACCAAAUGCAUUCAGUUACAGUAUAUUGAUUCAUGGUCUUUGUGAAGAUGGGAACAUAGAAGAGGCUACUAAAAUAUGGAAAAAUAUGAUGGACUCUGGUUGCAAUCCAGAUGUUGUGACCUACAGUGCUUUAAUUAAUGGGCUCUGCAAGGCUGGCCGAAUGGAUGAAGCUGUUACGCUGCUUGAUGAGAUGUUGUGCAAGGGUUGUCAACCGGAUGUUGUCACCUACAACACAUUAAUUGACGGCUUUUGCAAACAGAACAACAUAUACCGUGCCAUGGAUCUUGUAGAUGAGAUGUUGCACCUUGGUUGUGAUCCAAGCUUUCGGACUUGUGAUAUUCUUAUGAGUGGUUUACGUCAAUGCGGGAAGAUAGAUAAUGCUGGAGAUUUUUUUGAGGAAUUAGUAUUCCGUCUCGCUAAGAAAGGAAGAAUACACGGUGCUUCCACUGUUUUGGAAGCAUUGUUAAAGAAGGGCUUUGUUCCUGAUAUUUAUACUUGGACCAUUACAGUCAAAGGACUUUGUAACCUCAGAAAGGUGUAUCGGGCAAUUGAUGAUUGCUGUACAAAGGUUUAUGGCUGAUUUGAGGAGGUUCAGUUCAUUCAUAAAAAAAGAUAAUAGGAAAAUUCUUUCGGAGGUAAUGCAUUCGCCAUCAGUUGCAUGUAGAACCCGUUUCCAGCGAAUAGACAACCAUUUGAUCCACAUCUCCAUGGCAUAUAGACAAUCGAUGCGAGGCCUCUAAAAUAAAGGGUUAUCAUAAUUGUGCUAUUGAGAUUCAUGAACUGCAGACGUGGAGUUCCCUCAAGGAAUAGCAGGGAUAAUGUUCAGGACUAUGAUGCUUUGUUCUUUCUAGGAAAUACUCAACUUGGCUUAUGCAUGCUGCUUCUCAGAUUGUGGUGCAACAAACUGCCAAUUAUUGGUUUCAAAUCCAACCUGCAAUCAUACAUUUGAUUGAGACCUUUGGCUUGAUAGUUGAUAGAGAGGUUGAACAUGACUAUGAUAACUAGCCAAGCAAUCCACUUAAUUGGGAUUUCAAUGUUUCAUACAUUUCUGGGAUCCAGCAAUGCAGAAUCAAUGCUUCAUAUUGCAGUUGUGGACUUGCACAUUGUUUUUAGAUGCUGGUUUGCGGCUAAUAUUGUAAAACUAGCUUCAGAUCAUCAUCUGAGGAAGUAGUGGGAGAACUCUUUUGAUCUGCAACAUGAGCAAUACCAUGUAUCUAUGUCAAAUUGAGUUGGUAGGCGAUUAAAUAUAAUUUUCAUAUAGUGAUUUUGAUCAAGAAACCCUCUCAGUUUGUAAAGAAAUCUUUAUCUCAUGAAUACAAAUACUUUCAAUUGUUGAAAUUGCUGUUGCAAUGGAUGUGGGAAAUAUUUGAAUUGGACUUUCACCACCUUUUUGAGAGUUUCGUUCUAACUUGAAUGAACUUGCAGAGUGUGACAUCUUUCCUUAAUUCAUCAUGUUUUACGCUGGUGGUUGCUAUAUCACAGAAUGUUGUAAAUAAGUUUUGAGGUUUUGUUUUAUUGUUCAUAUUCACAGUUUAGUUGUAUAGUAUGAAGAGAGCAGACGUUUAUGAGGUGGAAAAAAGUAGAUUCUACAUUUAUUUAAGUUCAAGUAAUGCUUUCUUAUUCAAAAACUGUCUUCUUGCUUAUGGAUAUGCACGGGCAAAUUUCAUGCCUUUGUGCAUCCAUAUGCAGGGACUUGCAGAGCAAUUUGAAUUGCUAUGAAGAAAUGGAAACAAUUGGUGGAUUGUGGAAGAGAAUUUUCAUUUUUUUCUGUUUUAUGUAUAUAGGCCUGUGGCCUGGUUUUUAUAAGCAUUGGAAUUUUUUAGAGUUGGUUUUCAAUAGAAUUUGUUUAUAGUUUUUAUUUCUAGUCCAUAUCCGUAUAAAAAAUUUCUUUUUGUCUUUAAAAGAAAAGAGCUGUAAGCCUUUAUUAGCUACAUUGCUUAGGGUAAGCUUUAAUGUUAAAUUUGGUUUUCUUGUAUGUUCAAAGGCCCCCCUGUAAUUUUAUUUUUUGAAUUUCAACUAGCCGAGCCCCCUUGCGGCUGGGGUUAGCCAAGUUGGGUUUUGGUUGAUCUUAAGUGGGUACCUCCCACUAGAGCUGUUUAGAAACUGAAUUUGACAAUGUUUCUAAGGCAAAUCCCAAAUAACCGGUACUUAAGUCUUUUUUAGUUCAUCUUACUCUUGGGAUCAACAAUGAAGGUGAAUCGGUAAGCUGGUAUUGCAGUGAGCAGAUGAAUUGAAAUUUGAUCAUUUUAGGUGAUUCACUUUUAGCUGUCAAUAUAAUGUCAAAGUGCUUUAUGCAUGGUUGGAAGUUAAAAAAGUAUGCUUGUUCAAGUCGUAAACCUUUCUCAGUUUUUUUUUUAACACUGCUAUCAUGUAGUCAAUA